GCUCCGCUCUCUGAUCCAUCCGCUGCGGAUUAUUGUCUCUCUUUGGACCGCGUGACAUCCGAACCGGUCUGGACCCGCGGACCCCUCCCCCCCGGGCUCUAGCGCGAGGACACGACUAAAGGCAGCGAGCAGCGCGUGGCACUGUGGAUUUAAACCACCGAUUGGACUUUUCCUGCGUGUCCAGUCAUGCCCCUUGGAAGCUGACUCUUCAUCAGACCUGCAGCCAACUCUCCUCCUCCUCCUCCUCUCUCUCUGUCCACCAUGUUCCCCUCUUCUUCUCCUCUCCUCCUCUCCCUCCUCCUCUCCUCCCCCCUCCUCUCUGCCCCGGCUGCUCCUCCCCCUCCCCCCUCCGCGGCGUCGGGCCGGGUGGUGUACCGAGCCUUUGACUCCUCCCUCACUCACCUGACCGUCCACCGGCGGACAGGUGAGGUGUUCGUGGGCGCCGUGAACCGAGUGCUGAAGCUGUCGGCCAAUCUGACGGAGCUGAGGAGUCACAUGACCGGACCGGUGGAGGACAACGCCAAGUGUUACCCUCCGCCGAGCGUCAGGGCCUGUGCUCACAGACUGGAGUCCUCGGACAACGUGAACAAGCUCCUGCUGGUGGACUACACGGGGAACCGGCUGGUGGCGUGCGGCUCCAUCUGGCAGGGCGUGUGCCAGUUCCUCCGCCUGGAGGACCUCUUCAAACUGGGAGAGCCGCAUCACCGCAAAGAGCACUACCUGUCUGGAGCCAGAGAGGCUGAUGGGAUGGCAGGCGUGGUCGUCGGCGAGGACGACUGGACGGCCGACCCGAGGAGGAAGAGGCCCGUGAAGGGCGGCAGCCGGCUCUUCAUCGGCGCCGCCAUCGACGGGAAGUCGGAGUACUUCCCGACGAUGUCCAGCCGGAAGCUGGUGGCGGACGAGGAGAGCGUGAACAUGUUCUCGCUGGUCUACCAGGACGAGUUUGUGUCGUCUCAGAUCAAGAUCCCGUCGGACACGCUGUCGCUCUACCCGGCCUUCGACAUCUACUACGUCUACGGCUUCUCCAGCCGCACCUACGUCUACUUCCUCACGCUGCAGCUGGACACGCAGCUCACGCAGAUGGACGCCGGCGGCGAGAAGUUCUUCACCUCCAAGAUCGUGAGGAUGUGCUCCAACGACACGGAGUUCUACUCCUACGUGGAGUUCCCUCUGGGCUGCACCAAGGACGGCGUGGAGUACCGGCUCGUCCAGGCCGCCUACAAGCAGAAACCGGGGCGCCGCCUGGCCCACGCGCUCGGCCUGUCGGAGGACGACGACGUCCUGUUUGUCGUCUUCUCACAGGGCCAGAAGAACCGGUCCAACCCCCCCAGGGAGACGGUCCUGUGCCUCUUCACGCUGAAGCACAUCAACCUGGCCAUGAGGGACCGGAUCAAGUCCUGUUACCGGGGGGAGGGGCGCCUGUCGUUACCAUGGUUACUCAACAAGGAGCUGCCCUGCAUCCAUACGCCGAAGCAGAUAGGAGAUGACUUCUGCGGUCAGGUCCUGAACCAGCCUCUGGGGGGCCUGCGGGUCAUCGAGGGGAACCCUCUGUACGAGGACCGGACGGAGGGCAUGGGCGCCGUGGCGGCCUACACCUACGGCGAGCACACGGUGGUGUUCGUGGGCACGCGCAGCGGCCAGCUGAGGAAGAUCCGUGUGGAUGGGAUCACUCCGCCGGCCCAGAAUACUUUGCUGUAUGAGACGGUGACGGUGGUGGAAGGGAAGCCGAUCCUCAGAGAUAUGGUGUUCAGUCCAGACCACCAGUACAUCUACCUGCUGAGUGACAGACAGGUCAGCAGACUCCCGGUGGAGAGCUGUGAGCAGUACAGCAGCUGCUCCGGCUGUCUGGGCUCCGGAGACCCUCACUGUGGAUGGUGCGUCCUCUUCAACAAGUGUUCCAGACAGGAAGCAUGUCACAAGUGGGAGGAGCCUCAGCACUUCAACACCCGGCUGGACCAAUGUGUCGACAUCUCAGUGAACCCGAGUAACAUGUCAGUUACAUCCCCGGCUACUCAGUUGACCAUCUGGGUGCAGAACGUCCCGGCGCUCUUAGGGGGCGUGUCCUGUGUGUUUGAGGACCUGAGUGAGACCUCCGGAGACGUCCAGGCCAAAGGUCACGUGACCUGUAUGUCUCCAUCACUGAGGGAGCUGCCGACACACACACACUCCUACGGGGAGAAGCGAGUCGUCCAGCUCAGUCUUCGCUCCACUGAGACGGGACUUCAGUUCAUCAGCACCGACUUCCUGUUCUACAACUGCUCUGUGCUCGACUCGUGUACUUCCUGUGUCAGCAGUGUGUUUCCGUGUCAUUGGUGUAAAUAUCGUCACAUCUGCACCAACAACCUGCAUGACUGUUCAUUCCAGGAGGGACGGGUCAGCACCAUGGAGGGCUGUCCUCAGAUCCUCCCCACCUCUGACAUCCUGGUCCCGGCCGGGUUGGUUCGUCCAAUCACGUUGCGCGCCCGAAACCUGCCACAGCCCCAGUCGGGCCAGAAGAACUACGAGUGUGUGUUCCGCAUCCAGGGGGUGCUGCAGCGCGUCCCGGCCGUCCGCUUCAACUCGUCCUGCAUCCAGUGCCAGAACACCUCGUACUGGUACGACGGGGACGAGACCGGCGACCUCGCAGUGGACUUCUCCAUCGUCUGGGACGGAGACUUCUACAUCGACAAGCCUGCGUCCAUGAAAGCCCUGCUCUACAAGUGUGAGGCCCAGCGCUCCAGCUGUGGUCAGUGCCUCAAAGCUCCCACGGUCUUUGAAUGCGGCUGGUGCUCAGAGAGCCGGCGGUGCCUCCUGAGGCAGCACUGCCCCUCAGAGAGCUGGAUGCACCACGGGAGACACAACCUGCGCUGCAGCCACCCGCGCAUCACCAGGAUCGACCCCCUGACCGGCCCCCGUGAGGGGGGGACCCGGGUGACCAUCGAGGGGGAGAACCUGGGUCUGCAGGUGAAGGAGAUCUCUCACGUCCAGGUGGCCGGAGUCCGCUGCAACCCAGUGGCCUCCAUGUACAUCAGUGCAGAGAGGAUCGUGUGUGACAUGGCCGAGGCGCUCCUGCCUCACUCCCCUGGUGGUACGGUGGAGCUCUGCAUCGGCGUCUGCAGCUCCGAGUACCGAACACUGUCCACGCAGACGUACUCCUUCGUGACCCCUAUCUUCUUCCGGGUCUUCCCAGAGCGGGGUCCUGUCUCCGGGGGAACCCGGCUGACGGUGACGGGCCGUAACCUGGCGGCCGGCAGCUCGGUGGAGGUGCUCCUGGAGAAGGAGGCGUGUCUGUUCGUCAAGAGAACCAAUCGGGAGAUCAUCUGCAUAACUCCCGCCUCCCCGUCGGGCCCUGGCCCCGCCUCCAUCAGCCUGAUGAUCGACAAGGCCGAGGUGACGAACUCGGAGGUCCGAUACGUGUUCACCGAGGACCCCACGGUGUCCGGCAUCGAGCCCAGCUGGACCAUCCUCAAUGGCAGCACGGUGAUAACGGUGACGGGAACCAACCUGCUGACCAUCCAGGAGCCCAAAGUCAGAGCCAAGUACGGCGGAGUGGAGACCAAUAAUUUCUGCUCUCCAGUCAACGACACCACCAUGACCUGUCUGGCUCCUGGUCUGGUCUACGGGAAACCUGAUCCACCAGAGGGGGCGCUGAGACCGGAUGAGUUCGGCUUCAUCUUUGACCAGGUCUCCUCUCUGCUGGUCCUGAACUCCACCCCCUUCACACACUACCCCAACCCGACCUUUGACCCCUUGGGUAACUCUGGGAUCCUGGAGGUCAAACCGGGGUCACCCAUCAUCCUCAAGGGUAAGAACCUGAUCCCUCCGGCUCCGGGGAACAGCCGUCUGAACUACACGGUUCUGAUUGGAGGAGCUCCCUGUCUGCUCACUGUGUCAGAGAACCAGCUGCUCUGUGAUUCGCCGGAUCUCACCGGAGAGCAGCGAGUCCUGAUCCUCGUUGGCGGUCUGGAGUACUUCCCCGGGACGCUCCACAUCUACUCCGACAGCGCCCUGACGCUGCCCGCCAUCAUCGGCAUCGGGGCGGGCGGCGGCGUGCUGCUCAUCGCCAUCAUCGCCGUGCUCAUCGCCUACAAGAGGAAGACGCGCGACGCCGACCGCACGCUGAAGCGCCUCCAGCUGCAGAUGGACAACCUGGAGAGCCGCGUGGCGCUGGAGUGCAAAGAGGCCUUUGCCGAGCUGCAAACUGACAUCCAGGAGCUGACCAAUGACAUGGACGGGGUGAAGAUCCCUCUGCUGGAGUACCGGACCUACACCAUGCGGGUGAUGUUCCCCGGCAUCGAGGAGCACCCGGUGCUGAAGGAGCUGGACGUAGGUCUGGAUCACGGAGGUGUUUCCUGUGAGAGUCACCCGAGGCUCACACUCUGUUUCCCUCAGUCUCCGGCCAACGUGGAGAAAGCUCUGCGCCUCUUCAGCCAGCUGCUGAACAACAAGAUGUUCCUGCUGACCUUCAUCCGCACGCUGGAGGCCCAGAGGUCGUUCUCCAUGAGGGACCGCGGGAACGUGGCCUCGCUGCUCAUGGCGGCGCUGCAGGGUCGUAUGGAAUACGCCACCGUGGUCCUGAAGCAGCUGCUGGCCGACCUGAUCGAGAAGAACCUGGAGAACAGGAACCAUCCCAAGCUGCUGCUGAGGAGGACAGAGUCUGUGGCAGAGAAGAUGCUGACCAACUGGUUCACCUUCCUGCUGCAUCGCUUCCUCAAGGAGUGUGCCGGGGAGCCUCUCUUCAUGUUGUAUUGUGCCAUAAAGCAACAGAUGGAAAAAGGUCCAAUCGAUGCGAUAACAGGAGAAGCUCGUUACUCACUGAGCGAAGACAAACUCAUCAGACAGCAGAUCGACUACAAGCAGCUGACCCUGAUGUGCAUCCCCCCAGAGGGGGAGGUGGGCACCGAGGUCCCGGUCAAGGUGCUGAACUGUGACACGGUGACGCAGGUGAAGGACAAGCUGCUGGACUCCGUGUACAAAGGCAUCCCAUUCUCCCAGAGGCCUCAGGCCGACGACAUGGACUUGGAGUGGCGCCAGGGGCGACUGACCAGGAUCAUCCUGCAGGACGAAGACGUGACGACCAAGAUAGAGAGCGACUGGAAGAGGCUGAACACACUGGCCCACUACCAGGUAACGGACGGCUCACUCGUGGCGCUGGUCCAGAAGCAGGUUUCUGCCUACAACAUCGCCAACUCCUUCACCUUCACCAGAUCUCUGAGCAGAUACGAGUCGUUGCUGCGUACCUCCUCCAGUCCUGACAGUCUGAGGUCCAGAGCUCCGAUGAUCACACCGGACCAGGAGACAGGGACUAAACUGUGGCACCUGGUGAAGAACCACGAGCAUAGUGACCAGCGAGAAGGAGACCGAGGCAGCAAGAUGGUGUCUGAGAUCUACCUCACCCGACUGCUGGCUACCAAGGGGACGCUGCAGAAGUUUGUGGACGACCUGUUUGAGACUGUCUUCAGCACCGCCCACCGGGGCUCUGCUCUCCCAUUGGCCAUCAAAUACAUGUUUGACUUCCUGGACGAGCAGGCCGACAAGCGGCAGAUCAGCGACCCGGACGUCCGGCACACCUGGAAGAGCAACUGCCUUCCUCUCAGGUUCUGGGUGAACGUCAUCAAGAACCCACAGUUCGUGUUCGACAUCCACAAGAGCAGCAUCACGGACGCCUGUCUGUCGGUGGUGGCUCAGACCUUCAUGGACUCCUGCUCCACGUCCGAGCACCGGCUCGGCAAAGACUCGCCGUCCAACAAGCUGCUCUACGCUAAAGACAUCCCCAACUACAAGAGCUGGGUGGAGAGGUACUACAGGGAUAUUGCCAAGAUGCCCAGCAUCAGCGAUCAGGACAUGGACGCCUACCUGGUGGAGCAGUCCCGUCUCCACGGCACAGAGUUCAACACACUGAGCGCGCUCAGUGAGCUCUACUUCUACAUCAACAAGUACAAAGAAGAGAUCCUGACGGCGUUGGACCGGGACGGGUACUGUCGCAAACACAAGCUGAGGCACAAACUGGAGCAAGCCAUCAACCUGAUGUCUGGGAGCAGCUGA